AUGGCGACCUCCUUGCUGAGAAUAGGACGCCCGAGCCACAUCAAGUGUGUGCAUGCAGGGAGCUGGAUCACGCUGAGCAGAGCACCUGCAGCUUUCAGCACCAAGUCUGGAGGAUCCAAGAAGCCAACAAAAAGUCCCAGCACAGCUCUAAUGGACCCCGUUCAGAAGCUUUUCCUGGACUCCAUACGUCAGUACUCGGCAAAAAGCCAGGCAGCCGGGGGCCUGGUUGAUGCCGACUCAGACUAUCAGAAGACUUUGGCACAGGAGGUAGCAAAGCUUCAGAGGUUGUAUGGUGGAGGAGACCUCACGUCCUUCCCCGAGUUCAAGUUUACAGAACCCCAGCUGGAUGAAGAUUCCCUGAAGUGAACGUUUCGACCACGUUCUGAGCUCUGUAGUGCAACU